AUGGCUCGUUUGAAUGAUUUCAUGGCUCCGACCGAGUCCAUUGAUGCCUUAAAGCGCCGAUUCGUGCGACAGAACCGGGAAAUUGCGCGAGUGAACUCCAUGCAAUCGCUUCGAAUCCGCAGCUUAGAAUCCGAGGUGUCGCAUCUGUUGUCCGAGAACGUCUCCCUCCGAGAACAAGUCAUCACUCUCGGUCAGGAAAUUGAACGACUCGAAGCUGCCAAAAUGCUUCACAAUGGGGUCUACGAGAUCAAAUCCAGACUGGAUGCAAAACUGGCGGAAUUAAGCAACUUGGCCACGGAUCUGGGCAUGCUGCCCCGCAAGGUUGGCAAGCUUUGCGACGCACAGUCCGCGCCCGCCGAUUCGGAUCAGGGGGAAGAUGGGAGGCUUCCGGCCAUCUUGGAGGAUAAAUUCUAUCCACGACGAACCUUGGAGCCGCAGGAACUUCAAGACCUCGUUCGCGACGACGACAUUUCUGAACCCCCGCUUGAGAGCACGUUGACCCAGGACAGAUCUGCGCUGAAAGUGGAGGACCCGACCCUAGAACUACCGGAAAACUCGUCAGCAAGCCCCACGGGAUUUAAUGAGGCCGAAGACCCUGAGCCUGUUCUUCCCCCAACACUGGAAACAAGGAAGAAGAAAAAGAAGUCAGACGCACCGCUCUUCCAUGAGAGCGUGGAGCACCGGGAGCAACCCAAUCCAGGCGGGGACACAGAACCAACUUCAAAACCCGGGUCGAAGCGCAAAUUCAGCCCCGAAGAUGAUGGAGACUUCAUGUCGAGUCUCGUGGGAGAAGACGAUGAAUUUCAAUUCAACCGACCAAGCCAUAGCCCCUCAAAACGGACGGAGCCCAGUCGUCAAGACCAUUCCCCUAGCAAAAAACACGUUGAUAUUAAGAAAGGAUCGGCAACCCAGACUUUGGCGAGAAGAAAAGUGUUGGAACCAAGUAUGAAUGGCCUCCCUCCCUUUAUAUCGUAUGAAUCUCUCCUGACAACCCGGACAGAGAGCGCAAAUGCCAAUCUAGGCUCACCCAAGAAAUCUCGCUCAUCGCUGGCCCGCAACCACAAGGCUUCGCGUCCAGUCAGCGAGAAUGGCGAUAACACAGCUUCCUCCGAGAAAUGCAAGGAUAUCGAGAAGCACGACAACUCGGUGACCCAGAAGGCGCGCCGACCUGGACCUGGUCAUGUUUCGCACAAGCAAAAGCGGGCCAGUCGCUCCGACAAGGACGAACCAAUCCAAAGUCAACCCACCUUCCCACAUGAGAUAUCUGCGGUCCAGACACAACAACCAAUUCCAGAAGUGUCUGGUGUAUCUGCCGCGUCUCGCCCCUCGCGGCGCCAACGGGGCGUGGUCAGUUAUGCAGAGCCCAACUUGCGGGAUAAAAUGCGCCGCCCAACCAAGAACAUGAUCGAUGCAGUUGCAGGGGACCGAUCCCGCAGAUCAUCCAGUUUCCAACCAGGUCAGGAAGGUGAUGCGGAGGAAGCACAGUGGGAUGAUCAGAUGAGGAUCGGCAAUUCUCUGGGCCGCUCGAGUGGUAAACUCCCUGCCGAUCUGGCUCUCGCAGACCACGGAUCAGACAUUUUCUGCAACGACAGCACUUCCGAACAGUACCUGAAAAUGGUAUCUCAGCGAAAACGCAAGGUCUCGUCGACGAUCAAAGACAAUGGCACGUAUAAUAUGCCUACAGAAGAUGCCAAUGGUGGAACUGGGGCCACAGGUAUUGACGUGGAUGCCAGUCUGGCAAGUCUCUCUGCCAAGUCAUCCAAGGAAACGUCGGGGUCCAGGAGGCAGACUCGUCGCCAUUCUUCAAACCCUCGGGCUACCGGUCCAACCGUGUCAUCUCAAGACGCGAUGGAUCAGGAUGAAGCACAGGCCACUAUAUGGACCAAUUCUUCUACCGGCAUGUCAACCUCUUUCCUGCCAGUUGAAUGCUCCCCCGAAGAGGAAGAACUCCAGGAUUCAGCAAUCGAUGCCAGUCAUAUGCGACGGGGACAUCGGGUUGCAGCAAGAAGAAAAAGCAUGAUGCUAUGA